GCUAUUCCCUUACUCACUUGGCCAUUUUAGAAGGUACCAGAGGUUACAAAAGGAGGACGUUGUUAGGAAUUAAAAGUCAACACCUCUAGGCUAAAGUUAAUAUUAACUUUUGCUUUGAGAUGUUCGUUGUUUUUGGCUGUUGCACUGACAGCAGAAGCUGGGGCUCAUCUUGAAACAACAGAGUAAUUUAAGAUGUUCAUAGUGUAUGUGUAGGUAACUAGUCCAGAACAAUGACGAAGCUUUUAGCUUUCAAAUCAUCCUUGGGCUCUUUGUUGCUGUGUUGCUUCUUUAGUCUGCUUUGGGUUGUCAGUGACUGCACUACAACAUCAGACCCGAGUGCAUCGGCAACCCCUACAUCAACUGCAUCGACAACUAAAACGACACCUCUUGACCCUAAAGAGUUCAAACGAGUUGGACAAACUGAAACCAGCAUAACUCUGCAGUGGGAACAAGUGGGAGACAUCCGUGAUUAUAUUCUCGCCUAUGAUGAAAAGGAAAUAAAUAUUCCUUCAUCAGCGGGAAAUGUAACACACACAGAGUCAGGUCUGACAAGUGGGACUAGUUAUAAUUUCUGGCUCUUCGCUGUGUUGGACGAUGUCAGAAGCAGUGGAGUCAACCUCACUGCAGUCACUGUUCCUCUAGACCCUAAACAGUUCAAACGAGUUGGAGAAAAUGAAACCAGCAUAACUCUGCAGUGGGAACAAGUUGAGGACUACAAUUAUACUCUUGUGUUCAAUGAAAGUGAGAUAAACUUCACUUUAUCAUCAGGAACUUUGCCUCACACCAUAUCAGGUCUGACAAGUGCGACUAAUUACAGCUUCAGCCUCUUCACUGUGUUUGAUUACGUCAGAAGCCGUGGAGUCAACAUCACUGCAGUCACUGCACCUCCUGACCCUAAACAGUUCAAACGAGUUGGACAAAAUGAAACCAGCAUAACUCUGCAGUGGGAACAAGUGGGAAACAUCCAGUAUAUUCUCACCUAUGAUGAAAAGAAAAUAAAUAUUACUUUAUCAGAGGGAACUGUAACACACACAGAGUCAGAUCUGACAAGUGGGACUAGUUAUAAUUUCAUUAUCUUCGCUGUGUUUGGCGAUGCCAGAAGCAGUGGAGUCAACCUCACUGCAGUCACUGCUCCUCUUCAUCCUGAAAACUUCACAGACAUUAGUCAGAAUGAGACCAGUAUAACUCUGCAGUGGAAACAAGUGAGAGACAUCAGUGAUUAUAUUCUUGUCUAUGCUGAAAAUGAAACAAAAAUUAAUUCAUCAGAGGGAAUUGUAACACACACAGUCCCAAAUCUCUCAAGUGGGACUCAGUAUAAUUUCGCAGUCUUCGCUUUGUUUGACUAUGCCCGAAGCAGCGGAGUCGACCUCACUGCAGCCACUGUUCCUCCAACGGUGGAUUCAGUCGAAGUGAAGCAGCGCUAUGAGACCAAUAUAACUCUUGAAUGGAAGAAUCCAAACACAGCCUGGAACUAUUUGCUUGACAUCAAUGGCAAUGGCUCAAUUAUUAUCCCACAUAAACCAAUAGAAACUGUAUCAUAUACAGUCCGUGAUCUUGAACCUGGAACAAUGUAUGCAUUCAGUGUGACCACAAAGUUCACUGGACUCGUGAGCGCUCCUCAUAAGACUCUCACUGUAACAACCAUUGACUGUGACAGUAUAAAAUGGCACGUUACUAACUCUUCAAUCCAGGGAACAGUUGAAGGUUUAUUCUCAGAGGCAAAAGCUACCAACACAUCUCAAACUCACAGCAGCCCUGGAGGCACAAAUGUGAUGUUUACAGGCCUCUACCCUGGAGCAACCUAUGAAAUAUCUCUUGUUUAUAUGUCGUCCAAGAAAUUUGACCAGUGUCGCAACAAACCUUUAGUGACAAUCCUUCCUCCUAAUUUACAAGCUUACUGUGAGUUCUCGAAUGCUGGUUAUUCUACCCGCCUUGUCUGGAACCAACCAGAUGGAGUGUGGGAGACUGUGCAGGUGAACAUGACUGGGGAAACUCACCUAGUGAAAGGAAAUAACACCGAGCUUAUAAUAACUGGACUUCAGCCGGCCAAAACAUAUCAAGUGUCUUUAGCUUCACUGUCUAAGACAGAAAGGAGCUCAGAGCCAUUUGCUUUUUCUUGUGCUACCGAUCCAAGGGUGGUCAUUGGAGGGUCAGUGUUUGCUGUGCUGCUUUUUGCUUUGCUGGUUCUUGUGGCUGCCUUCAUUCUACUUAAAAGACCAGAUAUUAUCAGAAAAAAGUUCUUCAUUGGUGACUCCAAGCUACCUGAUAAAAAGGGGAAGGGUAUUUCUAAAGCUAAGUUUCCAGACCACUUCUUCCAGUUAGGUUUGGACGAAAACAGAGGUUUCAGCAAGGAAUAUGAGGACCUGGCUCCAGUUGGCACAGACCAGACGCGUAAGGCAGCUACUCAACCUGAGAACAAAGGGAAGAAUCGAUACACCAACGUCCUGCCUUACGACUGGUGUCGAGUCAAACUAAUGACGUCAGCUCCACGUGACGAUUUAGACUACAUUAAUGCCAGUUACAUGCCUGGCUACAACAGCAACAGAGAGUAUAUCGCCGCCCAGGGUCCUGUUUCUUCCACAGUCAAAGAUUUCUGGAAGAUGAUUUGGGAACAGAAGGUGAAAGGCAUUGUCAUGGUAACCAACUGCACCGAAAACGGUCGGGCCAAGUGUGAACAGUACUGGCCUGAAGAACGGAAGAUUUACGGAGAGCUGUUGGUCACGCUCCGAUCUGAGCAGCAGAAGCCCACCUGGACACUGAGGGAGUUUACUGUCAAAGAUACAAACACCUCAGAGGAGCACACUGUAAAACAUUUUCACUUCACUGCCUGGCCUGACCAUGGAGUCCCACUAGGAACCGAAGACCUGAUCCAGUUCCGAGGGCUGGUGAGAGAGCACAUGGAGAGUGAGGCGAAUAACGCUCCAACUGUGGUUCACUGCAGCGCUGGAGUGGGGAGGACAGGGACUAUCAUCGCCCUGGAUGUGCUACUUCAGCAGCUACAGAAAGAGCAAAUAGUUGACAUCAAGUCCUUUGUUCACAAGAUGAGACUCAACCGUCCCUACAUGGUGCAGACAGAGUCGCAGUAUGUUUUCCUGCACCAGUGUAUCAUGGACAGUCUGCAAUCAAAUGAGAGUCCCGAAGACAACAUAUAUGAGAAUGUUGUGAUAUAUGAAAAUGCCACGGCCCUCCAACAGCUUCAUUAACAUAAACCUAAUGACUUAUGCACUAAAUUUAAAAAAUGAUUAUAUUUUCAAGAAGCUGUUAUACGUGAAAUGUUGAAUACAUUUAAAUAUUUAUUUACUGCGUAUGCAAAAUCCUUUUGAGAUUUUAUGUAUUAUGCUUUUAUUCCUAUUUGCCAAUUUUGUACCAAUAUUAUUGUUAUUAUAAUGAGUUUACACUCCAUGUGACUAGAUCAUAUUUUUAAUUGUUGAUAAUAAAUGAUGUCAAAAAAUAA